AUGCAGAUUGGUAUAAUCGGUGGUUCCGGGUUCGAUGACCCGAAUCUAUUUGAGAACCCUAUUGAGAGAGAAAUAACCACACCUUUUGGGAAACCUUCUGACGUGCUACUAGAAGGUAACAUCAAGGGCGUAUCUUGCGUCCUCUUAGCCAGACAUGGAAGAAAACAUCAGUAUCAACCCAGUGAUGUAAACUAUCGUGCGAACAUCUGGGCGCUGAAGAUGGUAGGUUGCACGCACAUCCUAGCCACCACUGCGACUGGCUCACUAGUGGAGCAAUACCGGCCCGGGGACUUGGUUGUACUGGAUGACUUUAUUGACAGGACGUGGGGCCGCCAGUGCACGUUCUACGACGGCACGGCGGGCGGGCCGCGCGGCGUGUGCCACCUGCCCAUGCGGCCCGCCUUCUGCGAGCGCGCGCGCCGGGCGCUGCUCAGCGCCGCCCGCGGCCGCGCACUCGUGUGCCACGCGGCCGGCACCGCCGUCACCGUGCAGGGGCCCAGAUUCUCCAGCCGCGCCGAAAGUUUGAUGCAUCGCCAAUGGGGCGGACACGUCGUCAACAUGACUACAGUACCGGAAGUGGUGCUGGCGAAGGAGGCGGGGCUGAGCUACGCGGCCGUCGCGCUCGUCACCGACUACGACUGCUGGCGGGAGAACGAGCAGUCCGUGUCAGUUAGCGAGGUCCUCGAAAUAUUCGCGAGGAACAUUAAAAAAGCGAUUGAUGUUAUCGUAGACGGCGUGCAGAUACUAGCCGCUGACUCCGACUACACCUACCUCGACUGUCACAAGGACCUCGUCAGCUCAGCCAUUAUGUUGAAGAAUUGAAAAUUUUAAGUCUUUAAAAUGAAUAAACAUUUAAUAUAU